AAAGGAAUUCUAGUUUCUCUGUUCAACCUGACAGGACUGUUUCAAAUCUAGUGAAGGACGAUGGCAUCUGCUCAGUCUCAGGAAACACUGGUGCAAGAUGCUCCAGUCCAGAUGGACAGCUCUUCUUCUCACACAGGACUCAAUGUUGAGAUGAAAGCUGAUAGAAGUGCAACUUUAAAUGCUCCUGUACUUACUGGAAACACCAUAUCAGGACCAGUAAACAUCAACUACAUCUCAAACCCUGCAGGGCAACAAGAAUCCUCAGAGACAGCUGGAAAACACACAGAAAAACAAGAUGAUUUAUUGCUGCAAACAUUUUUGAAAAGUCACAAAUCCAACAUGAAGGAAAAGGCAGAGCAUAUUUUUGAUGUCAAAAAGGAAGAAGAAACUUAUCUCAAGGAUGUUUUCACGGAGCUCUUUAUCACAGAGGGUGAUAUUAAAGGAGUGAAUGAAGAACAUGAGAUUAUACAGAUGGAUGAAGCUUUCAAGAGCAAAAAGCAACAGGACAGACCAAUCCACUGCAAUGAUAUCUUCAGUUCAUUGAGAAAAAAUACGACAAAGAGAAAGAUUGUUCUGACCAAAGGCAUCGCUGGCAUCGGAAAAACGGUCUCUGUGCACAAGUUCAUUCUGGACUGGGCUGAAGGAAAAGAGAAUCAGGAUAUAGACGCCAUGUUCCUGCUUCCAUUCCGGGCGAUCAAUUUGAUUAAAGAAGAAAAGAUCAGUCUACAUCAGUUUCUGAGUAAAUUUUAUCCGGAGUUGAAAGAAAUUGAAAAAACAAAUGUAUAUAAGAAGUGUAAUCUUGCAUUUAUCUUUGAUGGACUUGAUGAGAGUCGACUGCCUUUAGAUUUUGAAAGUGAAAUGGUGACUGAUGUUGAUGAAAAAUCAACUGUGGAUGAAUUGUUCACAAGUCUCAUCAAAGGUCAUCUGCUUCCAUCAGCUCUUGUCUGGGUGACCUCACGACCAGCAGCAGCCAAUCAAAUCCCUUCAGAGUAUGUAGGUUUGUUCACAGAGGUGCGAGGAUUCACUGACCAACAGAAGGAAGAGUACUUCAGAAAGAGAAUCAAAGAUGAGUCUCAGGCCUCAAGAAUAAUCUCACACAUCAAGACAUCUCGUAGUCUCUACAUCAUGUGCCACAUUCCUGUGUUCUGUUGGAUCACGGCUAUUGUUCUUCUGGAAACUCUCAUUGAGAACAACACAGAGGACAUUCCCACAACACUCACUGAAAUGUACAUCCACUUCAUACUAAUACAGAUGAACAUGAAGAACAGGAAACAUGAUACAAAAGUCGAAAGAAACCAUACUAAGCUGUUGGGUUCAAAUAAAUCAAUGGUUUUAAAAUUGGCCAAGCUAGCUUUUGAACAACUAAAGGAAGAAAACACAAUGUUCUAUGAGGAAGAGCUGAAGAAGUGCGGUAUUGAUGUGAGUGAAGACUUGACUGAGUCCACAGGAAUGCUCACCGAGAUCUUUAAGAAAGAAGCUGGACUUCAUGAGGUGAAGACUUUCUGCUUUGUGCAUCUGAGCAUUCAAGAGUUCCUCGCUGCGCUACAUGUGUUCUUCAAUUACCUGAACAAGAACCUGGAGGAGCUUAAAUUUUUCUUUAACCACAAAUUUAGGAUCUGCUUAAAAAAAAUCCUGCGAAACGUUACUUUGCAUGAGCUACUAAACAAUGCUGUUGCUAAAGCAAUGCAGAGUGAGAGAGGACAUUUAGACCUUUUUUUGAGGUUUCUUCUGGGCAUUUCACUGGAAUCCAAUCAGAAACUGUUGAAUGGCUUGUUUAGGCCUGAGAACAGCGCAGAGAGCAUCAGAAAAGUUAAAAAACACAUUAAACAAUUACAAAACCACAACAUCACAGCUGAAGCUUCAGUCAACCUGUACUACUGCCUACUUGAGCUAAAAGAUAAAUCAUUACACGAGGAAAUCCAGCGGUACCGGAGUUCAGGCAGAGAUUCAGGAAGAGAACUCUCAGCUUCAAUGUGUUCAGUGUUGACUUACAUACUGCUGAUGUCAGAGGAGGUGAUGGAUGAGUUAAACCUGAAUAUGUACAAAACAUCACCUGCAAACUACACGAGACUAAUCCCAGCUGUGAGAUGCUGCAGAAAAGCCAUAUUGAGAGAAUGUAAACUCACUGCUGAGUGCUGUGGAAGUGUAUCAUCAGCUCUACAGUCAUCAAACUCUCUGACAGAACUGGACAUGAGUCACAAUAACCUACAGGAUUCAGGAGUGAAGCUGAUCUCUGAUGGACUGAAGAGCCCAAACUGUAAACUGGAGACACUGAGGAGUCUCUGUCUUGCUGUUGCCACCUAG